UCGUGGGGGGCAGCCGAGCUGGGGAGUGCUGCCGUCUGCCGCCGUCCGCCUCCCCUCUCCCCUAGCCCUCCCCGUGAUCCCUGUGGCGUGUGGCAGAUGAACACCAAGGCAAGAGCGAGCGGAUGGCGGCUUGCACGCGCGCCAGGCAGCCUGGGAUGCUGGCUUUUCCUUCUCCUGGCAGCGGGCAGGGCUCUGUUUCAGGCAUGAGCGGAGAGAAACCUAAAAAGAAAGCUUUCUAUCUAGUGAGGAUGAAGCCACUGAAGGAGCCCGCCACUAACAACAAUGUCUCGUUCGUGCUACACUGUCACAUAGGCAAGGAGAUCAAACACAUUUGCAGCAACUGCAGUCGCGGGGAGGAAGCCCGUGACGCGGAGGAAGUGGAAAGACUGGCUGCAAUGCGUUCAGAUUCUCUAGUACCUGGGACACACACACCUCCAAUCAGAAGAAGAAGCAAAUUUGCCACUCUUGGAAGGCUAUUUAAGCCAUGGAAAUGGAGGAAGAAGAAGAGUGAAAAAUUCAAACACACUUCUGCAGCUUUGGAAAGAAAGAUAUCAAUGAGGCAAAGCAGAGAGGAGCUUAUAAAACGAGGAGUGCUAAAGGAAAUUUUUGAUAAAGAUGGAGAGCUCUCCAUACCAAAUGAAGAAGGAGCUUUGGAGAACGGGCAGCCUCUGGGCUCUGGACAAGUGCUGAGUUCCAGCCAGGUAUCCCUGCCAGCCCUAGCAGAACUGGAGUCAGGCUCAGCACCUGGGGAACCCUGCUCAUACGAGGUGCUCCCAACCACAGAGAUCAUGGAUGGGACAGUGUCUGAAGAGAGCCCCACAUCCAAUGAAUCUGGAGUCCUCCUGUCCCAAGAUCCUACAGCUAAGCCAGUCCUGCUACUUCCCCCCAAAAAAUCUGCUGUUUUCCCUGGAGACCAUGAGGACACCCCAGUGAAACAGUUGUCCCUCCUCAAACAGCCCCCUGCCCUGCCUCCUAAACCUAUUGCCAGGAUUGCCAGCCACUUAACUGAUCCUGGCGCUCCUGUGAAACUGCCUUGUAUGCCAGUUAAACUGUCACCUCCACUACCUCCAAAGAAAGUCAUGAUUUGCAUGCCUUUAGGGGGGCCAGACCUCUCCUCUCUCUCAUCCUAUUCCACGCAGAAGAGCUCCCAGCAGCCUUUGACUCAGCACCAUCACACUGUCCUGCCAUCCCAGUUAGCAGCUCACCAGCACCAGCUCCAGUACGGCAGCCACAGCCAGCACCUGCCUUCUGGAUCCAGCACGUUGCCCAUACACCCUUCAGGGUGCCGGAUGAUAGAGGAACUGAACAAAACACUAGCCAUGACCAUGCAAAGACUAGAAAGCUCUGGUUUACACACAGGUGACAAUGUUACAAAAACAGGACCUGGAGGCCUUCCAGACAUGAGACAAGUGCCAACUGUUGUGAUCGAAUGCGAUGACAAUAAAGAAAAUGUGCCUCAUGAAGCUGACUAUGAAGAUUCUUCCUGUCUCUACCCAAGACAGGAAGAGGAGGAAGAGGAAGACGAAGAUGAGGAUAACUCGUUAUUUACAAGUUCCCUGGCAAUGAAGGUCUGCAGAAAGGACUCUUUAGCAAUCAAACUCAGCAACAGGCCUUCCAAGCGAGAGUUGGAGGAAAAGAACAUCCUCCCUAUGCAGACUGAUGAGGAGAGACUCGAACUUAGGCAGCAGAUUGGGACAAAGUUAACAAGACGACUGAGCCAGAGGCCGACAGCUGAAGAAUUGGAGCAGAGGAACAUUCUGAAACCCCGAAAUGAGCAAGAGGAGCAGGAAGAAAAACGAGAGAUAAAGAGAAGAUUAACACGUAAGCUGAGUCAAAGGCCCACGGUAGAGGAGCUGCGUGAGAGGAAGAUCCUCAUCCGCUUCAGCGACUACGUGGAGGUGGCCGAUGCACAGGACUAUGACAGGAGGGCAGACAAACCCUGGACACGACUCACGGCUGCCGACAAAGCAGCCAUUCGUAAAGAGCUUAAUGAAUUUAAAAGCUCUGAAAUGGAAGUUCAUGAAUUAAGUAGGCAUCUAACAAGGUUUCACAGACCGUAGCAGUUAAAUUCUACCUGACUACUAUGCUGUCUUCAAAACAUAACAAAAAGGAACCAUAAGUGCUGGUAUUAUUCACUUCCCUGUUAUGUACAAUGUAAAUCUUAUGAACUGCCUUUCUACAA